CAUUUUAAAUACCUGGUUUAUUGGUUCCUUUCGAAGUUUCGAAGCGAUUUUAAACGUGCUAUUAAAUAUUAAUUAUCAAUUAAAACCCGUUUGAUUAGUCUCAUCAAACAGUGUAUUUUACUUCAUUUCACCGUACCUUUUUAACUCUAGGCAAUUAAAGUAUAAGUCUUGCUGCCAAAAGAUAGCGCUGAAAUAAAAUCAUGUACAAGAUUAUGUAAACAGUGCACGAAGAAUAGACAUAGAGCACGAGUAUUUAACUUUUGCGCACUAUUUUGUAAGUGAAUUAAAGUGGCCCAACAUUCUCUCGAGGCUACUGCGCAUGACUUUCUGACUGCUCGUGUGAAGUAGGCUCGGCCUAAAUGUUUUCAUCCCGUUCGAAAGCGAAAUUGGCCUCGAACGGCCGCCGAUCGAGGGUAAAAGAAGGCGAGAAGUCUAAGCCGUCGAUGCGUGUAUUGUUACGACCGCUGAGUAAACGGGCAUUUUAGAGGUGUGCGGAUUUUGGCGGCGAUCGGGAGGAGCUUCCGCUACGCCUCGCGUGUCACUAGGCCCGCUGACCCACAUUCGCGAGACCGCUCGCUCGAGGAAGUGCGCGCAUGAAAUUCGGCAUAGGAUUUCUGUUUAUUGCACCGAUUAUUCAACGCAACGCAGCGCCGCAUCGUGAUCUCGGGGCCAAGGAGCGUAUAUCUGACAGGCACCUGUGCGAGUGUGUUUUUUGGCUUUCACGUUGGCAAGUCGUCUUCACCGAUGUCUUCCCUAUGCGUUAGGUUUUUUAACCCCAGACCGAUCCAUAAAACAGCUUUAUCAUGAGCUCCAGAGACAGGGAUGAUUGUAGUGUUUUUGAUGGGCUGAUGGAGGAAGAUGAGAAAGAUAAGGCAAAACGAGUUUCAAGAAAUAAGUCGGAGAAGAAAAGGCGAGACCAGUUCAAUGUUCUCAUUAAAGAGCUUGGCACCAUGUUGCCCGGAAAUACGCGCAAGAUGGACAAGUCUACAAUAUUGCAGAAAAGCAUAGACUACCUGUGCAAGCACAAAGAAAUUGCUGCACAGUCUGAGUCGAGCGAGAUCAAGCAAGAUUGGAAACCUCCAUUUCUUUGCAAUGAGGAGUUUACACAGCUGAUGCUCGAGGCGCUGGAUGGGUUCUUCAUAGUGAUGCUGACAGACGGCAACAUCAUUUACUCCUCAGAAAGUGUAACUUCUCUGCUUGAGCAUUUGCCUUCGGAUAUGGUGGAUCAGAACCUUUUAAACUUUCUACCAUUGGGGGAGCAUGCAGAAGUCUAUAAAGUGCUGUCCUCACACCCAGACAUUGAAAACCUCAACUCUGAUUACCUCAAAUCCAAGAACCAGAUGGAGUUUUGUUGUCAUAUGCUCCGAGGUUCUGUGGAUCCCAAGAAACCGCCUGUGUAUGAAUAUGUCAAGUUUAUUGGCAAUUUUAAGUCACUCGCCAACAUGCCUCUUGCAACCCGAAAUGGCCUCGAGGGAAUUUUACAGCACUCGUUGCAGCCUGCCUUCGAUGAUAAAGUCUGUUUUAUCGCGACCGUGAGGCUCGCCAAACCCCAGUUCAUCAAAGAGAUGUGCAUGGUAGAGGAGCCCAAUGAAGAAUUCACAUCUCGACACAGUCUGGAGUGGAAAUUCCUCUUAUUAGAUCACAGGGCGCCUCCUAUCAUUGGCUAUAUGCCCUUUGAGGUGUUGGGAACGUCAGGCUAUGACUAUUAUCAUGUAGACGACUUGCAUUCAUUGGCCAAAUGCCACGAGCAUUUAAUGCAGUUUGGAAAAGGGAAAUCGUGUUAUUAUCGCUUUUUAACAAAAGGGCAGCAGUGGAUUUGGCUUCAGACUAACUACUACAUCACCUAUCACCAGUGGAACUCAAGACAGUUCAUCGUGUGCACGCACACAGUUGUGAGUUAUGCUGAGGUGCGAGCGGAGCAGAGGAGAGAGAUGGGUAUAGAGGAAUCUCCCCCUGAGCUGCCCGGAGAUAAGUCUCAGAUUUCUGGCUCUGAAUCGGAGUUAAACACCUCCAGACUGAAGGAGGUUCUGGAGCGCUUCAGUAACAGUCGCACACCGUCAACCUCCUCAAGGAGCUCCCGCAAGUCUUCACACACCGCCGUGUCUGACAACACCUGCACCUCAACUCCCUCUAAGCUGCAGAUGGACGUGAGCACUUCACCCCGGCCCGCCACCGUUGACAUGACACCCCAACGUCGCUCUUCUAUCAGCACCCAGUCCAUGAGUUCUCAGAACACCAAUCAGACUGAAUCUCCGGUCCAAAUCAACCAACAGCAACAAUCUCAACCACAGCAGCAGGUUCAGCCUAAUGCCCUAUUCUCUGCGCAGUUGAACGCAAUGCAGCACCUCAAGGAGCAGUUGGAGCAAAGGACGCGCAUGAUCGAAGCUAACAUUCACAAACAGCAGGAGGAACUGAGACAGAUUCAUGAGCAGCUCCAGAGGGUGCAGGGACAAGGCCCUCAGAUGAUACUGCAGCAGUCGGGUGCUGGACUGAGUGUACAGUUGCCGCAGGCUGGAGGAGCACAGACUAACAUUUUAGGGAUUGGAGCGCAGACCGGGGUUGUAACUAUACAGGGCCAAAAUGUGACAAGUACAGCACAGAGCGGGACUGUUCCACAGCAACAAGCCGUUUCACAGCAACAGGUUCCUCGGUCCCUGCCGCAGGGCUCUUCUGUUACACAGUGCGGUCCUGUGUAUAAUACCAUGAUGAUCAGCCAGCCCGCCAAUGCAAGUGUUGUGCAGAUACCCAGCAGUCUGGCAUCAAAAAUAAAUCAGGGAAAUGCAAUCAACAGGUUUCCUGCCGGGCAGCAGUUGGUUACUAAGAUUGUGACGGCUCCAAUGGCAUGUGGCACCGUCAUGGUACCCACAACAAUGUUUAUGGGUCAGGUUGUCACGGCUUACAGUCCGUUUGCACAGCAACAAGGUCAGACACAGACCAUAGCUCUGCAGCCUCAGUCAACGGUUCCUGCAGAACAGCAGGCUCAAACUACCACAAGUCAACAACAGGGGGCGACACAGCAACCAACAAAGCAGCAGCAACCAUUUUUACAGAGCACACGCCUUCUUCAUGGCAACCAGUCCACACAACUGAUCCUGCAGGCUUUCCCUAUUCAACAGCAAGGUACAUUUCCUCAAUCACAACAGCAGCAGCAGCAGCAGCUGAAACCACAGACUCAAAAACAGCAGAAAGCAACCCCUUCUCGUCAGACUGACAGCACUAGUGCCAAGACUCAGUAACAAGGAUGAAUGCAGCAGUCAGUCCGAUGGAGGAGCCGGCUAACAUAGUCUGCUCUAGGAGAUUAUUGGUGCUGUAUUUCAUUUUGAAAUCUCUACAAUAAAACCGCUCUUCCUGGAAGCACCUUAGAAGAUUUUAAGACAAGAAACUCCCUCAACAUGGCAGCUGCGUGGAACACAACACCACCAGAUGGACGCUGUGGCAACCGUGCGGAGCGUUUCACCAGACCAACAGGUGGUUGCCAAACUCAUUAUUUAUUUCAACAGCAGAAAGCGUAGGAUUGCUGGCCUUUGCAUGGUCUUUGCCAAACAGAAACCCUGUUCUCAGUCUUUCACUGUAAACAGCCCAAAGAACUGAGUUUGUACAGUCUUGUGUACAAUACCAUGUAAAUACACAACCGUAAAGGAACAAAGCAAGAUACGGAAUAUUUUAUAUGCUGCAUGAAAAGUGUAAACUUUCAUUUGUAAUUCCAGUUUUAUGAUUUCCAUUUGUAAGUAUUAUUUUAACGUUUUUAUAUUAUGCAUAUAGUGAUGCUUCCUACUUUUAACCCUUACCUGACAAUGGUCUCUUCAUGUAUAGUUAUUGCGUUUAGUUUUUUUUUUUUUUUGGUUUUGUUUAGUUUUUUUGUGGGGAGGGAUUAUUAUACCCCAUUGUCCCUGACAUACAAAAAAAAUAUCCAGUUUACAUUGAGUUGUAAUUAUCACACACAUUUGAUGCAGAAGAAUCAAAGUUGAUGGUUUUAAGUGCCAAAAUUUAGCUGCUUUGUUUAAAAAAAAAAAAAAAAAAAUCUACAUCUAGCUUUUUGUUGAAUGUUGAUUUGCUUUUUAGCCAAGUCAUAUUAGUCCAGUAGAAUGUUUUUGUGCACCUUUCCCCUUUACUUAUAGCACUUAUUGUGUUCAUACACACUAAAAUAGUCCAUUCUGCUAGUAAUUGUGACCUAAUGGUCUUUUAAGUUACUUUGUGUAUGCAUGAACAGUACACGUAUUUCUCAAAUGAGAAUGACACGCCAUGAAUAAGCUUUGAAAUCCUCAUUCAUUUUUGCUUUGUUCUCCCUCAUGGAUUUGGGAGCUAUGCAAGAAGCCACAUCCAGGGCACAGCGUUUCUGUUCGUGUGAUUGAGGACGGUCUAGAGUACUGUGGACCUUUUUAGAUCCCAUUUUCAGGAAAAGAAUGAGUAUAUUGUCUUCUUCCUAUUUUGUUCCAAAGUUGUAAUACGAACCGAAGCAGGGUUAUUGUGCAGCUGUAGAGUCUUAAAAUUAAGAGUGAUCUUCCUUUUGGUGUGUGUGUGUGUGUGCGUGUAAGAGAGAGAGAGAGAAUUUAAAGUGCGGGAUAUUAUAUCAAUAACAGUUUGUGACACUUCCAGUAUCGCUGUUUUGGUUGCUACUGUGUGUAUUAAGCCCAGCGAUGACCAAUCAGUUCUUGCGUUGCAGUAACUUGGCAUUCUAGAUGUUUCCCCGUUGGCUUGUUGGCUAUAUACCUCAGAAAUGGUUUUAUAUACAAAGUAUUCAAAGCAAUUUUAUUUUCAUAUGGCAAAAGACUUCCGUGUUAACAGAAUUGCUGUGUAUAGACCGGUAGCACUGUUAAAGGUAUAUGGAAACUGAAUAGAUAUUUGACAUUGACUUUUGGAAUUCCAAAAGUGGAGAUGCCCCUUAAAAGUAGAUGCCCAAUUUUAUUUUUGUUUUUGUAGUGUUGUGUUGUGAGGUUUGUAAGAUUUUAUUAUGCACUAAAACCCUCAGUUAUGUUAGCUGUUACUGUUGGAACCAGUGUUUCUCAUAGUGUGUACAAUCAAAAAUGACUUUAAAAAAUAUAUGCCCCCAAAAAAAGCUACUGAUAAGCUGAAGACAGAACCGAUACGAACUUUGGAUGUCCCUGAACAUUUCAACCUUCUGUAUCAAUUAUUAUUAUUGUUGUUAUUGUAUGCAACCAAACGAUUGUGCACUUUUGAAUAUGAUAGUUAUUUGGUUUUAACCCCAGAAAUUUCAUAGGCAUUUGUCCUGAUGAAUAUCAGCAGGUUGAAUGAAUAAUGAAAAAAAAAAAAAUGAAUCGUUACACGAGUCCAAAGGCGUUUAACCCUAAAACGUGUUUAUUUUGCUCCUACUGAAUUGCUGUGCAUUUCAGUGUAAAAUCAUGUUAACAUAAAUGUUUGCCCACAGAUGAUAUUACCUUCAGUGUGAAAUUGUAGGAACUGUCCAUUGUCAGUUUACCAAAAACCUUUUUUUUUUUUUUUUUU